CCAAUUAUGUAACUAAACGGUCACUUGUCAAAUAAUUAUUUCAAUGAAUGAUAUUGCAUCAGAAGAAUUUCCCUUUUCUCAUUUUACUGAAAUUGAAAAAACUGUUUCUAAAAGAAAUCUUUGUAAUAGAUGUUGUCGUCCUCUGCGAGUUUGUCUUUGUUCUGCUUUUCCUAAGGAGGCUUUUCCAAUUUCUACUAAUGUAUUUAUUUUGCAACAUCCCAGAGAGCAAGAUUUUCGUCAACUGACUACAGUUCCAUUACUUCAAGAAUGUAUUCCAAAAGAUAAAUGCAAAGUCUACAGAGGAAAGCGAUUUCCUGCACACAAAUUUCCUGAGGUUCAUGAUGUUCUUGACAGACCUAACACAAUUCUAUUAUUUCCUUCUAAAGAUGCAAUUUCUAUUGAAGAAUAUCUUGUUGAUAAUGAAUUGGCUGACAUAAACUUAUUUGUUGUUGAUGGAACAUGGAAAGAAGCAAAAGGAAUUUACUUUAACUUUCCUAAAUUACACCAUCUAAAGAAAGUAAUGUUGUCAGGAAAAUGGAAAAGUCAAUUUGUAAUUCGAACGCAACCAAACAAUGAUAGUGUUUCAACAUUAGAAGCUGUUGCUAUUGCAAUUGCACAGUUUGAAAAGACACCUGAUUUGAUUGAGGUGGCUCGAAAGCCUUUAAAAUACAUGUGUGAUAUACAGCUUCAACAUGGUGCCCUAGUUCAUGACAGCAAAGAGGAGUUAGCAGCUCGAGGUAUUAAGUAUCGGUUCUUUGAAUCUAAUUGUAAAAAGAAAGAAUUACCCUCUAAAUCCUAAUUUGUUUAUUGAACUUUGCAAUUUCAAAAAGACGCUUGUGCAAUACUGCUAAAUUUUGUAGACAAACGAAAAAAUAGUUUUUACAAAAAUUGUAUGGCAUCGGUUAUAUCAAAAUAAAGAACAAUAAACACUUGAGAGUGGAAUUUGUAUAUCUGAAUUGCUGAAACUUAUUAUGGGAGUAAUUGAAAAGUUUAUGCA